GCAACCUUCAAUUCCCACCAGCAUCACGCGACCGAAAACCGAAAGGCGCCAAUCAUCAAGUCACCCAAGACGAUCGUUCAACCCGCACCGACGGUUCAUACGAUCCGCGACCGAAACAGAAACCAGCAGCAGCCUCGCCAAACACUUGGCAACAUAAAAAACCACACGCAACCAUGGGCCGCCGCUCGUACUACGACACGGACGAGGAGCGCCUGCCCGAGGGCAUGACGAGGAUCGGCUACGACGCCGACACCGAGACCUACACCUUCCGCGACGCCGACGGCAGCAUCUGGGAGUCGGCCCCGGGCAGCCGCUACGGCAACCUGACCAAGAUCUCGGAGGGCUCGGCCUCGGCGCGACGCGCCGAGCCGCCCACCACCGGCCGCGGCAAGGGCGGCAGCGACGGCCAGCGUGCCUACAACGACGACGAAGAUGAUGACGACGACCACGGCGAGGACGACCACGCCCCCUUCCUGGCCCCGCCGGCCUACAGCGCGUCGGCCGCGGCCGCGACGCUGUCGACGCGCGGCGGCAGCGACGACGCCCUGCCCAUGCCGUCUGCGGCCGAGGCGCGGUACCGGGACUGGCGCAAGCGGUCGUGGCGCGCCGACCUGAUGCCGCUGCUGCAGUUCUUCCUCAUCAGCUCGCUCUUCCUCGUCGGCAUCUUCUGGAUGGUCGGCGGCUUCUCGGGCGGGUCGUCGUCAUCACCACCGUCCGAAAACCCCGAGCCCCAGAUGCCGCCGCGCCCGUCGACCAAGCCCGCGGCCCCGGCCGGCUGCCCCGACGGCUGGGCCACGAGCGUCGUGUACAGGGGCCAGACGUGCUACAUGAUCGCAAAGAUGCACAACAUCGACCUCGACGAGCUGCUGAGCGUCAACAAGGGCGUCAACUGCGACCUGCUCCAGGUCGGCGAAAUGAUCUGCGUGCCCAAGGCCGAAUGAGGUCGCCGCCGCUUCCGGCCUACUUUGCGGCAACUUGCUUGCUGUAUUUUAUCAAUGACAUCUCGCCGUCUGCACUUUUGGGCACUCCGAAUCGCCCGACAAUUCUUGGCAUUUUAAAUGAUAUGUCGAGGCGCUUGGGCCUCCUCGCUUUCCUUCGUCGCAAGGUUGUCGUCUCUUGUAUUGAGUUUCUUGCCUCCCUUUCCUUGUGUUUUGUGGUCUCUCUUUUGUUUAAUCAAUAUAUCGAAGGACAGGUACAUGAAGCUCCUCGGCAGUCGACUGUGUCCGCCCACUGUGCUAGACGGGGGUAUAAGAUGGCCCACGCCCUUGCCUCAACAACGAUUGUGCAGGCAAGAUUGAACUGCCAGGCGCUUCACUUUUCUUUUGUAUUGGGUAUUGGGAUGAGUAUAUCACAUUUGGUCACCACUCUCUUAGGAUGGAGCAAAAACAAUGUUUUAUGGUAAUCUCGAUGGCAACAGUCCUCUCACUUUCAGAAUAUGAGGCUCAACUGAGCCAUGCCAUUUGAUGUCGCCUUGGACUUUACCCCCUGCAUUUAAGUUCGUGGAACGCUAGGGAAAGCCCAGAGCAAAAUCACUGCCGUCAAGGAACCGACAAGGCAAGCACAGGUAUAGACAAAGUAGAUUCGAUUUAUGUAACCAGUAGAGGUCACGAGGUUCGGCGGCACAAACAAUGACCGGCCGCGAUGAAAACGCCCAAAUGCCAGCCCACCCAGAUAACUCC